CUCGUUCAGUGUUGCGGUCUAGCGCGAAAAUGCGGGAGAACUGAGCGUGUGGUAGUUUUCUUAAUUUUUUUUUUUCGACUUUUAAUUAUAGUGGAUUGGAUUUUUAUUUUUUAUUCGCUACGGGGUUUAGUACUGUUGCCAUAUAACGAGAAUUAUUGUGGAUAGUUGUGCCAGUUUUUUCAUUUUUGUUUGGAAUUUUGGAAACAUGCUGCAACCGAGGAGGGUUGUGCUUUUUGUGGCGUUUUGUCUUGCUUAUGUGGAUUUAAAUCAAGGAUCGGAGGCAAUAGACUCGUCACCAAGAAUACGAAGACAAAAUGCCAAAGAUGUGACCACAGUCUUGCUGGUUGAUAACCAUGGAAGAUCAACAUUCGGCAGAUUUCACAGUGUAAAACCAGAUCUGGGUCUGAUUACAUCAACAGCCCGUACCUUCAUACAAGAGGGCGUGACCACCGAGUACGCUACUCAGGUUCUAGGGACGACAUUAGACAAUGGACGACUUUAUGCGCAUUUGCUCAGCAAAAGCUCCAGAGUUCUUUAUGAUGGAGAUCCAUCCAAGUCUUUUGAAACAAGCAAAAAGUGGAAUUUCGAGAGUUCUGUCGUACAAGGACAGAACUUCGUCAGGAAUACUGACUUCAUCCAACCCAAUCCCUCUGAUCCCCUUAUCGUUUUUCCCACAGCCAACCUUGCCACUUUUAUUGAAUCAAAUCAGAAUGAAGACUCAACGAGAAAUCCCAAAGAAAUAAUCGAGGAGGAACUCCUGAAAGAAUCUCCUUCAAAUAAUCUCCGAGUGUCAUACGAAGACAAUCUAAAUAAGCACAUCGUACUUCCGUUAAAUCAAAACAUUAAAGUCUUCAAAAUUAACCCUCAAAUGAAGGAUCUCUCAUAUCAAAACGUCAUCAAUCACAAGGAAAUCGAAAGACCAGUAACAGAAAAACUUUCACCAUCAAAAGUUAAAGGCUGGGAUAAUCUUCCUACUUUUACAGUUCGUAAUGAAUUCUCACCAAGCGGGUAUUCCUUCCUUGGAGAUUUUCCUGAAUUCGAUGUUAACACCGAGAGCAGUAAACCCACAACUGUCUCAGAACGCAAAGCGAAACUUUUAUUCAGAGCAGGUCUCGCUAAACCCAAUCCCAAAGACUUGAAAUCAAUCACGUACUCCGGUUUUGCGGACUUUACCACGACAGUUGGCGAUACUGUAAUCAUCUUUACCCCACAUUCAACAGAAGCCACAACCAAUGCUGGCAAAGUAACCAAAAUUUCAGUGGAACCAACUAUUGAACCAACUGCUUCUAUUAAAGACCCUGUUGUCAAAUCGACAAUUAAAACUUUCCUGUCUCAUGAACCUGGAAUGGAAACACAAACAGUAGAAGGUCACAAAUUAGAAAUGAAAACAUCCAUUCCUACAAUGGUUAUCGACAAAACCGAUCGUACUAGAGAAGGUAAAAGUAAAGAAGUUGAAGAUGAUGAUGAUGAUAGUGAUGAUGAUGAUGAGCAGGAGGAGGAUAUGGAAGCUAAAUCGAAAGUUUUGGCUAGGGAACAAUACCAUCAUGAAAUUAUCAGUAAAAGUGAAGGUAAAUCCACCAUAAUAUUCACAGAAGAUGUAAUUCAACCUUCAGAGACACAAAUUUCUAUGCUUUCUACUCCUUCCGAUGAAGAUAUUGCUAAGAUUUUUGCUUCCCUUCAAGCACAACAAUCUAAAAGUUCCACAGAGCCCUUGAAUAAGCCGUCAACUAUUUUCUUCGAUGACGUUACAGAAACCAAAAAAACUGAUACCGGUGCAACUACAAUCUUUUUUGAAGAUGAUACCCAAAUUCAGGCAACGACCACUGAUACGACUACAGAAAUUGCUAAAUCCACAGAAGUCACAACAACAGAAAAAGGUGAAGUUGCUACCAUACCUAUUACAACUGAGAAGGAAUUGGAAACCACACUAAAGCAAGAAACAACAACUAAUGAGAUUCCAACCACCAACGAAAUUCCAACCACAACUCCAGAAGAUAAUUCUAAUGAAGUUGGAGGUGUUAAAGAGGUAGACGUUGCUUGUACUGAAGGCACUAAAAUUUUGCCAACAACCGCUUUCAAAACUCUCACAUAUCUUACUACUUUCUUCAUACCUCAAGAUAAUGAUGAAACAACAACUUCAAUCAAAUCUAAUGAAGUUAUUUCCACAGAAAUUGGCCUCCAAACCGUUUCUUGUGGGGAUAUUUCCCCGUCAGUUGUAGAAACUACCGAAGCAACUUCUCUUUUAAUUACUACAGAACCUAUUACAACAACUGAAGAAAUAGUCACCACAACUGAACAAGAAAAAGAGGAAAUAAGAAUUACUACACAACAAGCUACAACAACUACAGAAUCACAAAAAACAACAACAACAGAAACUGUAGAAAUUGCAACGGAACCUUUGACAACAACUAACAGAGUGCCAGAAACAACGCCACAAGAAAUUACAACCGAGCGUAGACACGUGACCGAAUCUGAACCUGAAACCACAGAAAUGACAACGGAAGAAGGUGAAGAACUUGAACUGCUCUUCAAGACUUUGUACACGACUUAUACAUAUUUGACUACCUACUUCCAAGAUUCUACUUCUUCAGUUGCUAGCAGAAUUGUAGUCACAACAAAUGUUAUCACUUCUACCUUAGAUCCCAAUAAUAUGGCUUCAGAUCCAGCGGUUGCAGGAUUAUUUGACAAUGAAGAGACGUCUGUCUAUAAAUCUAAAUCCGUUUCAUUCGAAGAUUUCGCCGACAUUGCUCCUUCGAAAGUUGCUGAUGUUAAACCUACAGUAACUGUAGAGACUGGUGACAAUGAAGAUGAUUCGGAUUUGGAAAGCAACAUUCCAAGACCUACCCCAAUUUUGAACGACGAAAAAGUAUUGGCGACUGCAAAUGGUGUUAAGACCUAUUAUACUACUUAUACAUACUUUACAACCAUAUUUGUUGAUGGAGAAACUGAAAUUUCUAGUAGAACUGAAGUAUACACCAACUAUGUUACUCCCAGUGUAUCUGCAACUGGUGUUAAAUCAGAAAUUUUGGCCACAAAAAUAGUUUCUAAUAAUGAUCAAGAAGAACAAGAGGAUGAAGUAUCAGAUGAUGACAAUGUAGUUAUUAGAAACAGAUUUAACUUAAAUAUCGAACCUUCCAACAAAUAUAACAGUACUAUUAGCAGACAAAAGACUGCUUCUACGGAAGAAGAAUCCACCAGAGAUAUUUAUUCUGGAGUAACUGAUAAACUUGACAAUAACAUUUUGGCCACCAAUACUAAAAAGGAUCUCUACGUUACAUUGCAAAGAGGGACGACCACAGAAGAAAAUCCAAUUGAAAAUAAUAUUUUAAAUCUCAGUGACUAUGAAACGAUUUCCACCAUGGUAACUGAUGUUAGGAGCAGUACUUCAGAAGGCGAUAGAAGGAUUAUUGACAAUGUUGAUAAAAGAAACGUUCUUUUAGAUGAUCAAAUUGUUUCAGAAUCUAACAAUGAUUCAGAGAUUAUUCCAUCACCAACUCUUUUAUUGCAAACCAGCUAUACUACGUUUACUUACUUCACCACAAUGUACCAAGGCACCACUUCAAGCAAUGUAGUGAGCAGACUCGAAACAGUAACAAAUGUAGUAACUCAAACUCUUACCCCAACUCAUACCCUAAGCAUUGAAGAUUUGAGUUUGCCAGUUACUUAUUUUACAACCUUUACUUAUUGGACCACCUUGUACAAAGAUGGCACUACCAGAACGACAAGCCGGGAAGAAACUGUUUCCAAUAUUGUAACACCAAGCAUUGAUACUACAAAUGAUGUUCCAACUAUCAGUAUAACUUCAGUUAACCCUGAUGAAGUAACUAACACCGUUGAAGGUUUGGCUCCGACUAGCACUAUAGAACCCAUACAUUCUACUAAGGCAAUCGAUAUUGCUCCUUCGGUAGUUGGAGAUGAUGAUUUAACCACUUUUUAUACGACUUACACCUAUUACACCACUUCUUACAUAGGAGAUAGCACCGUGCUAAACAGCAGAUUAGAAACAGUUACAAACGUCCUAAACAAAACAGAUGAUGUUGAAUCGAACCAAAUCGGUAGAGCUAUAGGAGCUGGUGUCCAAAACAAAGUAGAAGAUGAUGACAAGUCCAAAAUUGAACCAUCUAGCACUAUCAAGCCUACUGGCCUUUUGUCAACAAUUGUUAACACAGUAGAAAAAGAUGGUACAACCACAAUAAUGUCAACUGAUGUAUUUGGCACGUAUAUUGAUGGAUUAUACGCCAAAGUUCUCGAAAGUACUUCAAGCAUCGUAACUGAACCACUCUCAUCUAUUUCUUCCACUUCUACUACUACUGAAAAUCUGAAACCAACUGGAGUAGUAAGCAUAAAUAAGGGCAAAAUUGUAGAUGCAGAAGGAGUCAGUACUUUAUUCUACACAACUCAAGCUGUAGGUACUUAUAUUGACAACCUUUAUGCUCAAGUCAUCGAAAGUACGAGCUCCUUGACUGUAGAUCAAGAAAAGAAAUCUGCCCUUGGUACUGAUAUUCCUGUUGCCCAUAAAACUGGUCUUGUAAGACUUAUUGAAGGGUCAAUUGUACAGAACGAAACCACUACGUUGUAUGAAUCAAAAGUUCUAGGUACCAUAAUCGAUGGCAGAUAUGCCCAGAUUAUAGAAAGUACCUCAAGUUUCCUUGUCGGCAAGCAAUCUUCAAUUGCACCAACUCUCUCCAGUGACAUUAAACCCAGCCCAACUAAGGCCCCUGAAGACUCAAUCGCUGUUAAAAAUACCAUCGCACCUUCCCCAGUUGUUAUCGAAGGUUCUAUUAGCGAUACUGUCAAAACCGAUGAAGAAAAUACAACAGAGGAAAGUGAAGAAGAUGAAGACGAUAAGGAUGGCGGUAGAGUUAAAUCUCGCUUAACAUACCAGUCCAAGAAGAGAACCUUUACUCUUCCCAUCAGACCAUUUGCCUCUCGUCAACGACCUACAUUCGCACCGAAACGUAAAGGUUCCAUUAGCACUGCGACAACAGUCACUAGAAGCGACUUUACUCCAACUGUCACGGCUGUGCCAGCUUCCACCAGACGUUUCGGUCAAGGAAGAAGAUCAUCAUCAAAUGUCAAUAAUGUAUUAAUUGUACCAACUGCUUCCGGUACUAGAAGAUUUGCUGCUCGUAAAUCAACUUCAACUUCUGUUGGUCUUAAUUCCUCUUCAUUUGGAGGCGCUAGAAGAUCUUCUUCUAGAAUUCAACCAACAGCCACUGGAUUUGGUUCCUCAAGACGAGGUGGACUUAGAUCUUCCAGUGGAGGGCCAGGAAGAGCUAGUUCUUUGUUCCCGGGUAAUAAUAGGAACAGAAUUAGACCCACUGCAGUUGCUGGUUUGAAUAGAUCUCCAAGUUCUAAGGUAGUUACAUCACCAUCAGUAGAUAACGACGAAAAUGAGUUAACUACUUCAGUAACUGAUUCUACUGAUGUGACUGAUGCCGAUCAAGAUACUACUUUACCAAUUUCCACAACCACAGAAGGUAGUUCUAGAAGAAGUCAAAAUCCUUUAUUGCGCUUUAGGAGACCACCUCUUGCUAGACCAACUUCCGCUCCGAGAGCAACCAGCACCAAAGCUAGAAGUGGAAAUCUUAAUAAUAACAAAAAUGGAAAACUGUCUACAACAACUGCUAAACCUAAAACUACACCCAACAGAGGUAACAGCUUGUUAAAUAGACCAAGACCAAAUGCUUUAUUCCCUAGAAGAAAUCUGUUCACUACUACAACUACGGCUGCUCCCGAAGACGAAGAGGACGAAGAAGAUUUAGAAGAAGAAGGUUAUGAUGGUGAAAAUGAAGAUGACACUGAUUAUGACAACUCAAAUAUUAAUACCCAAACAGCAACUCCUCCUACAAGUACCACAAGACGUGGACGAUCCAGUUUAAUCAGGCCAAUUGUUGGAUUCCAAAGAAGAUCUAAGAGAGAAACAACUUAUUCGAGAUUUAGAAGACCGACGGCUAGAACUACCCCUGCAUCAGUUGAAGAACCAACAGAAGCAUCAAAACCAGCUACCAGAAAUAGAUAUUCUCCAAAAUUCAGAGCAAAAACCACUACUGGAACUACAGCAGCUCCUCAGACUAGUUCUAGAAAACGAAUUUCUCCAAGCAAACCAUCUUCUUCCAGGGAUCAGUUCACAAUUAGGGGUAAAGAUUCAUCUCCCAGUAGAACGACUGUUAAGCGACCUUCCAGACCCCGUACUACAUCUUCUCCAAGUAGAAGAACUUCCACUUCUAACAGGAAGCAAAACUAUAGAACUGAAAGUCAACCAACAAGAUCUACCAACAGAGGAAGCACCAGGCAAACUACUACUCGCGGCAGAGGAUCUAAUAACUACCAAAGAGUUAGGCAACAAGAGACUGUUGACGACAACUUCGUUGUACCUGAAUUUGAUGGAACUAUUACUAUAACUCAUUCUAUACCAACUGAAGUUACAAUUCCUGUUAUUAAUGGUAAAAUAACCGAAUAUAAGAAUGUAGUAACUGCAAAAUAUAGCACUGAAGUACUUGAACCAUCACAAUAUUCUACCAGUAUUAAUCCGUUUGGAAAAGAAGUUAAAGUACUGGUAAGUGAAAACACAGAUAUUGGUGCAAAUGGAGCAACCCUUGUAACACAAUUUGUAUUAAACGAAUCUCCAACAACCAGCGUUAUUUUUACUCCAAAGAUUAUUGGGGGCAGGAAAACAUCCUUCUCACAUGUAAUACCUAGCACAGUUUACGGAGUAGAACAAGUAAUCAACACCAUUCAACCCGCUUUAGCUGCUCAAGCUCCUUUAGCAAAUAUUUUAUUGUCUCAGUUAUUGUUAGGAGGUCUCCAGCCCCAAAAUCCUUUAUUAGCUCUGCAAAAUCCAGCUGGGGUUGUACAACCUACACCUUCUACUGAACUCAAGACUAGAGCUACAACUUAUGUGACAACAGUUACUAGUCAAAUGUCAACUGUUAUUCCUUUAACGUUUAGAGGUAAAGAAAUAUUAACAACAAUCAUCGAUAGCAGUGUUACCGUAGUUACAGCAACUGAGUUCCUUACUGAAACAGUUAUAGUAACACCUACAUUAAAUCCUUUGGCAGGAUUUGGGGCUGGACCACAACUCAACACACUUUUGUUGCCUCUUCUGCAGCAACAACUGAGCCAGCCUCAAGGUCUUUUAAACCAACCUAAUCAGUUUUUGCAACAACCAGCUGGGGUGUUAAGUCUAAACGAGCCCAGAGCAGAAGCUUUAUUGCAGGAACCAGAUAAUUUGAAUCUUGCCGAAGAUGAUAAUCAAGAUAUUGCUCAAGAAGUGACACAUUCACCAAGAAGAAAACAUAGAAAAAACAAGAACAAGUCAAACAAAAAACCUACACCAGCUCCAACCGAACCUCCAAAGCAAACUAGUGUCAUUACUUUGUACGUAUCUGGAAGAACUCCUGGAGAAUUUAGCACUGUCUUAUCUACAGUUAUUGUGGAUGAAAAUAGCAGACGCAGAAGGGAGGCGCCAUAUGUUCCUGUUAAACCAUCCAAAUCUUACGAUGAUUUAGCUAUUAGUACAGCUGAUUAUUAUGACACAUAUAUAAUGCCGGCCACCAAAGGCAUUACACAAGAAUUCCUUGACACUACAACGGAGACCCAGAGUCUGGAGAGUAUCAUUGGUGAUGUUUCAAAACAUGUGACAUCUAGCACUCCAGACUUGUUCAACAGUAAACCUACUAAGGUUAAUAGUCGUGCAUCAAAGAAAUAUAAACUGAAGUACGUUAAGGCAUCGGAUACUUCUAGUAAGUUAUCCGGUAAUUUUUUAGCAUAA